AUGGCCAUGAGCUCCUAUUUGAUCAACUCAAACUAUGUGGACCCGAAGUUCCCACCCUGCGAGGAGUACUCCCAGAGCGACUAUCUGCCCACUCACUCCCCGGACUAUUACGGCUCCCAGCGGCAGGACCCCGCCGCCUUCCAGUCGGACUCUGUCUACCUCCAGCCGCCGCCCCGGACGCACCCGCCGGCGCGCGCCGAGCAGCCCUACACGCCGUGCCAGCGCGCGGCUCCCCCCGCCUCGGUGCUGAUGUCCCCCCGGGGUCACGUCGUGCUCCCGCCCGGGCUGCAGACCGCCCCCGGCCCGGAGCAGAGCCGCCUCAGCGACCCGGUCUCACCGAGCCCUCCUCCGGCUCCGUCCUGCGACCAGACGGCCCAGAGCAAAAGCGCGUCCUCCCCCCCCAGCGCCCGCACGGACCCCGUAGUCUAUCCGUGGAUGAAGAAAGUGCACGUGAACAUCGUGAAUUCCAGCUACACGGGGGGAGAGCCGAAGCGCUCGCGGACGGCCUACACGCGCCAACAGGUUCUGGAGCUCGAGAAGGAGUUCCACUAUAACCGGUAUCUGACGCGCAGGCGCAGGGUGGAGAUCGCGCACACGCUGUGUUUGUCCGAGCGGCAGAUCAAGAUCUGGUUCCAGAACCGACGGAUGAAGUGGAAGAAGGACCACAAGCUGCCCAAUACCAAAGUCCGGUCCGGAACAAACCCCCAGAGCACGCCGGGCCCCCAGAGCCGGCUCCCCGGGCUCCCCGGGCCCCUAUAGCGGGGCUCCGCCCCCCCCCCCCCCCCCCGCGCUGCUGACCAUCCCUCUGCCCAGUACCUCCCGAACCGAACGCUGAAGAGACCCACAUUGCACUUUGGACCCAGACAAUGCCUUUGCUUUGGUGAGCUGUC